GACGAGGCUCAACACAAAAGUCAUUUGAAUUCUUUUCCCUUUCAGUGUUGCCAUGGCGGACACGGCGCAUCAAGGCCACCCUCUGCUGCGGGGCGGGCGGACGCGGGAUAAGGAAGGCUAUACUCAUGGUUUCUCCGCCGCCCAGAUGCGGUCGCUGGCGGCCAUGUGCGAGGCCUUCAUCCCCUCUCUUCCCUUGGAGAAGACCAAUCUCUGCGGCAAGGAGGAGCUUCCCGCCGACAAAUCGCUCGAGGCCUUCUUCCUCGCCUCUGGCUCCGAUGCCCCUGUGCCCGAUGAGGUCGCAGAGCUGGCAGCAAAGAGGGGUCAAAAGGAGGUCCUUUUUCUGGUUAAAUUGGUCAUGUGGCUCCUUGCUACAAGGCUUGGAACACUCGUCCUUUGUGGGUCCCUUUGUUUGUCUGGUAGGUUUCCGUUCAUCAACAAGUUCCCAGACAUGGCCGUGGCCAAGAGGGAAGAAGCUUUGAGGAGAUGGAGCAGAGAGAAGACUUUUGUACAUGUCCGGACGAUCUUUCUUUUUGUCAAAGUCCUCUCUUUCUUCGUCUUUUACUCCACGACUAAUGAAGAGUCGGAGAAUCGAGCAUGGAGUGCAAUUGGAUACAGGAAGCCAUCUGAGGAGAAACCACCAUUGAGGUCUGAAGGAGAUGAAAGACCUCUUGACAAAGGCAUCAUAGAAACCAAGGACAUGACAGAUUCCUCCUUCCUCCAGUCUCUUCGCGUCAAAGGCCUGGCAGUAACCGAAAACCAUCAAGAAAAUAGCUACCACAUCAAGUGUGAUGUGGUCGUAGUUGGAUCAGGCUGUGGUGGUGGAGUUGCUGCCGCAGUGCUUGCACGCUCCGGCCACAAGGUUGUAGUGAUUGAGAAGGGAAACUACUUCACAGCAGAAGAUUAUACUGCCCUUGAAGCUCCUUCAAUGGACCAACUGUAUGAAUCAGGUGGAAUUCUCAGCAGCUCCGACGGGAAGAUGAUGAUCUUGGCCGGAGCCACAGCCGGCGGUGGCUCAGCUGUAAAUUGGUCUGCUUGCAUUAGGACGCCUGAUUUUAUCCUCAAGGAGUGGGCAACCGAACACCAUCUCUCACUCUUUCAGACUCCAGAGUAUGCCUCGGCAGUGGAUACAGUCUGGGAAAAGCUUGGAGUCACCGAAAACUGCACCAGAGAAGGUUUCCAAAACCAAGUUCUUCGCAAGGGAUGCGAGAAUUUGGGCCUCGAAGCAAUCACAGUGCCAAGAAAUUCUUCAGAGAGCCACUUUUGUGGCUCUUGCUGCUACGGGUGCAGGGCCGGGGACAAACGAGGCACAGACACCACUUGGCUGGUUGAUUCAGUCAACUCCGGUGCAGUGAUCAUUACUUCAUGCAAGGCGGAGAGAUUUGUGCUGGAAGAGAAGAACAAGCAGGGCAACGACGACAACAACAACAGGAAGAAGAAAUGCUUAGGAUUGAUAGCAAGAUCCUCAAACAAGUCCAUCACGAAGCGGCUAAGGAUCGAAGCAAAGGCAACUAUUUCUGCCUGUGGGUCUCUCCUAACACCGCCACUGAUGAUUGCCAGCGGGCUCAAGAACCCCAACAUCGGCAAGAACCUACACCUCCACCCAGUGGCUUUUGCUUGGGGAUACUUCCCAGAACCCACAUCAGCUCUGAAAGGCAAGAAUUUCGAAGGAGGGAUCAUCACGUCGCUGCACAAAGUGGAAACUUCAGGGAAUUCCAACUCUCCAUACGGUUCGAUCAUAGAGACGCCAGCACUGGGUCCGGCGUCGUUCGCCUCCCUGUUUCCAUGGGUGUCCGGGCAAGCCAUGAAGGAGGCUAUGCUGAGGUACAGUCGAACGGCGCACCUAUUUGCAUUGGUCAGAGACCAAGGUUCAGGGCGAAUCGAGAGCGAAGGGAGAAUAAACUACCGCAUGAGUCCGGCGGACAAGGAGAACCUGAAGGAGGGACUUCGAAGAGCGCUGCGAAUCCUGGUGGCUGCCGGAGCUGUGGAGGUGGGGACUCACCGGAGCGACGGCCAGAGGCUCAAGUGCAGAGGUGUCAGCGAAGAGGAUCUCGAGGAGUUCUUGGAUGGGGUUGCCAUAGCGAGCGGUCCGCUGUCCAAGAGCGACAUGUGGAGCUUGUACUGCUCGGCCCAUCAGAUGGGGAGCUGCAGGAUGGGAGCCAGUGAGGAGGCCGGCGGCGUGGAUGAGAGAGGGGAGAGUUGGGAGGCAGAAGGGUUGUUUGUGUGCGAUGCGAGUGUGCUCCCCACUGCAGUCGGGAUCAAUCCCAUGAUCACCAUCCAGGCCACUGCUUACUGCCUCUCUAACGGGAUAGCUGACAGAUUGAAGACGGGCGACUAAGCAUUCCAGCCCAUCCUUAAUGUUUAAAGGCAAAAAUAAAAAACAGGAUCAAAAGAACCUUUCGAUCACGCCUCGGUAUAUUUUCUUUUCUAAAAUUGUUAUUAUUUUUAACGUGCUUCCUAAUUGUUAUAACAUGGAUCAUCACUAUUAUUUAUGAACUAUAUGUAACUUGAAAUUCAUGAUUCAUAAAACCGUAAACACU